AUGGCGCCAUAUCAAUAUUCUCCUCUCAAAGAAGACCUCAAUGAGAUACGAGUCCUGAUACUACAACCAGGCGACUUCACCGCAGAUCUACACAUUUCAAUCCACAAAGUCGGAUUGACGCUGGACGCUCCGCCCAUCUACGAAGCGCUGUCCUAUGUGUGGGGUACAACAGACAAUCCAGUUGACAUCAAAAUCGGGCCUUCAGGAAGUGACAGACUGGCUAUCACACAGAACUUAGCGGUUGCCUUGCCGUAUCUUCGGUACCAGGAUAAGAUUCGAACACUUUGGAUCGAUGCCAUCUGCGUCAAUCAACAGGACCUUCGCGAACGAAGCAGCCAAGUGAAAAAAAUGGCCGAUAUCUAUCGCUUAGCUGACCGCGCAGUCGUUUGGCUGGGGACUGAGAAGGACAAUAGUGCCCACGUUUUGAGGAUCCUGUCACAAUUGAGUUCCGAGAUCAAAGUCGACUACGACUUUGCCACAAUGUCGCCUGCGUCUUCAGACUCCGUCCCAGAUUGGAGCGACUUAAGCCUUUCCCUACCAUAUAACGUCGAUGAAAUUUGUAAUAUAGCUUCUUUGCUCAAUCGCGCCUGGUUCUCGCGGCUCUGGGUUUGGCAGGAAAUUCGGCUCGCAAGGAACAAUUCAAUCGUCAUUUGUGGUUUGGACACUAUCCUUUGGCAGUCUCUCCACCAGGCCAUUUUCUGCUUACAUGUCAAGCAAUGGGUCGCCAACAACCUCUUCAUAGACCCCAGCCAGUUGCGAGCUCGACUAUCGUAUAUAUUAAACAUAAGCGACACUACCAACUACGCCCCAUUCGGUCAGAUUAUCCGGCGAAUCGCUCCAUGCAAAUGUUCUGAUCCCAAAGAUCGUAUCUACGCCGUUCUGAGCCUGCUCGACAGAUUUGAAGAGGGCAUCAAUAUCGAGCCUGAUUAUACGAAAACGACCGCGCAAGUCUACCAAGACGUGGUUACACGACACAUCGAACAUCAUAACGACCUCGAAAUGUUGACUUACUGCGAGCUCCGGAAUGACAUGCCAGCGGAGAUGCCAACCUGGGUACCGAACUGGACUGUCGCAGAUACAGCGGUUCCCCUCUGGAGCUGUGGUAGGGCAUGUGGCCACAGCGAGGCCAAAGCACAAUACAGAGAAGGCGGCAUUCUAAGCGCCACAGGUGUUAUCUCUGCAGCCAUCUCAAGCGCUGAUGAAAUGGUCUUUCAGAAUACUUACAGAAGCAUGGCCGAUGAGAUACGGAGGAUUGCGCGUUUUUACAUCGACGAUAGUCCAUACCUUGCAGGUAGCAGUCUGAUCGACGCUUUUUGUAGUACCAUGUGUGUCAAUAGCUUCAGCGACACAAUUUGGCCGCCUCGGCCGGUUCUCCCCCAAUUCGAAAAGAGCCGAGAGUUCGUACUGGCAGUGCUCCGAGACCACGAUCGACAUCCGAACUAUACCUGGGACUCUGAUGAAACAUACUACCUCAACUAUGCUAGAUAUUACUGUAAGAAGAGAUCUUUCAUCACGACCGAAGAGGGGUAUAUAGGCGUUGCGCCAAAGGCCACUAAGCCAGGCGACCAGGUCUGCGUCCUUCUUGGUUGCGAGCAGCCUUUGGUUCUUCGUCCAACCUCAGGUCUUCGAUAUCAAGUAGUGGGAGAAUGCUACGUUCCCGGACUGAUGUACGGGGAAGCUUUUCUAGGUCCACUUCCGGACAAUUAUCAAGCUAUCCGUUUACAUGAUCAUGGGUCACGCGGUUACCAGUGGGCUUUCCUAGACAAACAGACCGGGAACACUCAAUAUAAUGACCCAAGGACGGGGAAAGGUGGGCUAGGCGGCCAGAUCGACAAAGAAAGCAGUGUGUGGUAUUUGCCCGAUGGUUCAGAGACCCUAGUAUUGACGUCGGAUAUGUUGAAGCGACGGGGAGUCAAGUUGCAAGAUUUCGACCUCAUUUGA